CUUCCAUCUUCUGUCACCAAUACUAGGUCUUCCUUGUCUAUUUUUUCAAUGCCAUUUACUAUUUCAUACAUUGUUAUUAGGUCCCCACGUUCUCUUCUAUCUUGUAAGGAUGGCAGUCCCAUUUCCUUCAGCCUUUCUUCAUAUGUUAAUACUUAGCUCCUUUAGUGUGUGUGUUUUUCACGGUUGACUGCCGGUCACCCAAUCAGCCUUCUCCAUUACAGAGCGAGCUAAUAAUGGUGAAUAGGUAAAUCUGCAGGUAUUAUACAAUAAUUUGAGUCAGAUUAUCUUGGUGUUGGGACUGUUUGGUGUUUACACUGGCGAGUGUCGGGGUGACCGUGUCAGCUGUCCGGGUGUCGGAGGCGGUGACAGCGGGAAAGGGAGGACGCCCACACAACUUGUAAAGGAUGUUAAAGUGUCACUGAUACAGAGAAGGGACCGAGGCAGCACUGAUAGUCAAAAUAACAUAAACAGAAGCAGGGCAAGAGACAAGAGAAGCAAUACACAGCGAGAGGAAACAGAAAAGAAGAGUAAAGCAGAGAUGGCGGGGGGCGGAGCAACCACGCACCUCACCUGUAUUCCCUCACCCUUGUUGAAUAAGUUUGUCCACCAUGUGAUUGACGGUUUGUGUGGUGGUGCGUCAGCCAGCCACGCACUCUUCCCAGACUGUCCCCUUGAUGCGUUCUGGCAGGCAGGGCGAGAGGUGGCUACUCUGGCGCGGGAUGUCACUGCCGGCAGACUCACACAGCACCAGGCCUAUGCUCAGUUGUUGCCGCUGGGCCAGGAAGCAGCAGCCAGUGUGUGUGAGGUGGUGAGUGCCAGGAGGGAAGAGAUCAAGGAGGCCAUGGUGAGGGAGUCACUCGCAUCCACCACCACACUCACCGAUUUUGACUGGAAUGUAAAGGUUGCCGUAUCAAGCAGUACAGUUCUGGACCUCAAGCAGCCUCUAGUCACCCUGCGGCUCCACACAUCCUCCCCUCACGGACACCAGAGAGACACUGUGGUGGAGAUGACAGAAGCUGAGGUUGACUCCUUGCUGGCUACACUGAAAGAGGCACAGGCUAGUCUUGGGAACCUCUUGGAGUAGUGGUGGUGGUUGUGAUGGUAGUGGUGGUAGUAGUAGUAGUAGUAGUAGUAGUGGGUUGUUUGGUGUGGGUUAGAAAAGUAAAGAUUUGUGGAGGAAAGAAAGGAUGCAAGAGGAAAGAGUAAGAUGUAAAGAUUUGAGAAGAAAAGAUGUGAGAUAAGGAGGAAAUUAAACCCUUCAAUACUUGGACACAUUUUUACCUUGAGAUUUAUGUACAAUUAGACCAUAUUAUUGACAUUAGGGAGGGUCUGUGAAGGGUAUAAGAUUAAUGGCCAGGGUCUUUACUAUUUUAAUCCCCCACAUGAGUUUCUGAAGCUGUAUAAAAUCACCAAAUAGUCACCAGAAUGAAUAUGGAAAUUUGUCCUGGUACUGAAGAGGUUAAGGGUUUGAGAAGAGAUGAAAUAAGGAAUGUAAAGAUUUGAUAAGAGAAAAGGUGUGUGUGUGUAUGUGUGUUUUGGAUUGGUAAAAAAAACUGAAAAGGGAAGGAAAGAAGGAAAAGGAAUGUUAAAUGAUAGAUGAAGCUAGAACUGAUAGGAAAAUUGUAAAAAGAAAAAAAAUAAUAGAAGGGAAAAUUAAGAAUGCAAAAUGCAACAAAAUAUAGAUAGAUAGAUAAAACUGAUGGAAGUAUGAAACGUGUGUGUGUGUGUGUGUGUGUAGCACGUGUUUUGAUAUGGUAGAUAAAUAUAUGAAAAAAAAUCGAAAAGAAAAUGGAAAAAUCAAGUUAAAUGAAAUGUUAGAAGAUAAAGAUAGAUAAAACACGAAAAAUACUGAACAAUUAUACGCAUUUAUCAGAGACUUUUACAGCAUUGAGUCAAAACUACAUCAGGAUUUUCGUUGUGAUUAAAAUUAACGUUAAGGUUUGUACACGUGAUUUCUCAGGGGAAGUGUCUAAUCUGAUUUUUGUACGGCAAUAAAGUGAUGAUGUACA